CAAACCGGAUAAUCAAGGUGUAGAAUUCUACGUGGCAUUUGGUGAAAACAAUCCUAACAGUCUGAGUCUUGAACUUUUCAUUACCACGAGUUUGAACCAAACCAUCACAGUGAAUGUGACAGCACCUUUGGCCAGCUCCGUUUACGCCGGGGAAACGGUAACAGUCUCAAAAGGUCAAGUCCGCAUAGUCCAGAUUCCUAAAGAUAUAAGGAUGACUGGAAGCAGUGUCCAGUCCAGAGGGAUAUACAUCACGGCAUCGGACGAGAUUAUAGUGUAUGCGGUCAACAAAGAGCACUACAGCUCGGACUCAUUUUUGGUGAUUCCGGCGGACGUGUUAGGAACGGAUUACUUCGUGCCAGCUUGGCCCAGGAAUACCGCAGUCUCUGGAAGGCAGGAACCAGCACAAAUAGGAGUGGUAGCAACGGAGAACAGUACAAGUGUAAACUUCACCAUGCCAAGUCAUUCUUUCUCCUGUUCGUACAAUGGACAGACCUAUAGCAGUGGCGAUUCCUUCACCGUCUCGCUAGACCGAUGUCAGACGUUUCAACUUCAGUGUGACGAGGACCUAACUGGGGCACGAGUCACAUCCGAUAAACCCAUUGGGGUAGUGUCUGGUAGUAAAAGGACAGAGCUUCUAAGUACAAGCUCUUCCAGAUCGUCAGACCAUAUAGAAGAGAUGAUUCCCUCCGUCCCGACGCUUGGGAGGCGCUUUCUCACUGCACCCCUGUCAGAAAGGCACUGUGCAAGGAACCACGGUAACAGUACAGGGUACGACAACCGGAACCAACACGUACACUUUGAACGCUGGCGAAUUCCAACAGCUACUCGUCUCGUCUAA